AUGAAAAAUUUCAUUCCAAGAGAUACUUUAAUUAGACAAAUGGAAGAGCUUAUAAAUAAAUUAUUAGAAAGAUUAAUAGAUGAAAAAUAGGAAUCUUAAAAACAACUAAUGUAAUCAAUAUAAAAGAAUGAUGAUAAGUCAUUAUUAAAUUAGAAUGAUUAUUUUGACUCAUAAUUAUAACAAUAGGAAUAGGAAAAUAUAAAAUCUACAAUUGAUUAGGGGACCGCUUUAAUUGCUUAGUUAGAAUUAUUCAAAUAACAAUUUGAAAAGGCUAAAUGCAGCUUACUUCUAGUACCACUUGAAAAGAAAGAGUGCUAACAAUAUUUAUAAAAACAAUCAGAACUUCAAAAAAGUAAAGUUUCAGCUUCGUAUGUGAAUAGUUUUAUCAAUUUUAAUAAUUCAGAUAUUGAAAGACAAAAAGCUGAAGAUAUUAAAUAAUAAUUAUAUAAAUUUGUUCAAAACUAAUAAUAAAAUAAUUAACUCAUUUGUGAAACACAUAAAAAAAGAAUUGAAUUUUUAAACUUAUCAAAUGAUCCAAAUAUUUAAUAUAGAACAUUAUGUUCGAGUUGUUCUAAAGGUGGAAUAAAAUUGUCAGAAUUCUUAGAAUAAUAUUUAAUAGAUUUCUUUGAAUUUAAAAUAAAUUCAGAAAAAAAAGGAUCUAUUAUAAAUAAAUAAAUAUAAGAUCUAUCUAAUUUACUUCUUUAAAAAAAAAACAUCAAUCAAUUAUACUCUGAUUUAAAUAUAUCAUUAUAAUCAAGAAUAGAAAUUAUUGAUAGAAUUGCUGGAUCUUAAAUAAAUAAUUUUAAUUAUUUGAAUCAUAUGGCUCAAGAUUAUGUAAAGACUUAAGCUAUUUUUCUUAAAUGGAAGUAAGAAUUUGAUUAGAAAUUAUAAGCAAAACUAAUUGAAGAUUUUGAAGAUGUAUAAGUUCAAAUAUAUAGUAGUAUUCAAAAUUGGGAAGAUGAAAAACUUAAAAUUUCAUAAUCAAUUCAAAAUCAAUAUUACAAAUUAUUAAAUACAAUAUAAUAAACUUAAAUAUGCUAAGUUUUAACCUUUAAUAGAAAUGAUGAAUUGAUAGCAACAGCAAAAAAUAAUGUAAUAGUUAUAUGGAGUUUUAAUAAAGGUUAAAUGAAAUAUAUUACAGAGUUAAAGGGACAUUAAAAAGAAAUAAGUUGUCUAUUAUUUGAUUAGAAUACAGAAGUAUUAAUUUCUGCUGGUGGAGAUGGUGAUGGCCUUUUAAACCUUUGGAGAUAUCUUGGAAAUAAUUAAUGGAUGUUGUAAAAUAAAAUUGAAAAUACUGUAGGCAUUAAAGUAAUAGUUUUUGAUUCAAACAAAAAAUAAUUAAUUGUUGGAUGUUAAAAAGGCAAAAUUAAAAUAUUUCAAUUUUAUCCAGAAAUACCCUUCAUUGAAUUUCUAUAAGAAUUAGAAUUGAAUUCAAAAUAAGCAGUUUUUGGACUUACCCUUAAUAAUUCUAAAACAAAAAUGGUGUCAUGCGGAGCGGAUAUGGUAUUAAGAAUGCAUUUAUUGGAUUCACAAUUUCAAUCUAUCAAUUAAAGAGGUUGUGAUUCUGCAGGAAUAAGGGUAUAAUUUAUUGAUGAAUAAUCCUUUGUAUUAGUUUAAAAGAAUGGGUGGUUGAUUUAUUAUUAAAUUGAAUGGUAAACAAUUAAGGAAAUAUAAAAAAUUUCAUUAUCUUCAGAAAAUCGUGAUUAUAUUUACUCCCCUAUUUAUUAUAAUUCAGUGAAAAGGCUCUUAAUUGUUAAACAUUACAGAACAAUACAUUUUUUACGAAGAUUGAACAAUGGAACUUUUGAAAAGAUAACUUACUUAAAUUAUCAAUCGAAUAUUCUAUAUGCCACCAUAUCAAAUGAUGGAAAUUACUUAGUCACUUGGAUUGAUUAAGAAAAAGAGUAAGAAAUAGAAGACUAAAGAAUUCUACAAUAUCAAAUAUAUGGGUUAUAAUUUUGA